AUCUGGUGAGAAGAUUCUGAUCAGAUCCAGGUUAAUCUUCAGUUCCGUGCUGCCGACAGAUUAGAUGUAAAUAAAAUUCAAAUAAAACCCUCAUCUUCAUUUUUCUUUUUUAACAGAGCGCCAAAAGAAGAAGAAAAAGAACAGGGUGAUUUAUGUCAGACCCCAAGAAGAGGUGAAGACAGAAUGUCUGCCCACAACACCUCUGAAAGACAAAGCUGAGGUCACCAAAGUCAGCAAAGUCACAACGACAACCAAUGAAAUCUCACAGCACCAUUUGGACGAGAUCCGCCAGGUGACAGAGGAGCGAGAACAUCUGAAGCUGGAAAUUGAAGCUCUGAAGUCCACGAUGGAGAAAGAACUGGCUAAGAAGGCAGAGGUUGAGAAAGAACUGCAGACCAAGGAGGAACAGUAUCAGAAGAACCUGGAAGCCCACAAGACUGAGUGUAGAAAACAAGUGAAAGAGAAGCAAGAGCAUCUACAGGAGGAGCUGGAAGCUCAGAAGAAAAUCAUGGAGAAAGAAUGGGUAGCUCUGAAGGGACAGCUUGACAAAGAACUGGAAGCUGAGGAGGAAAACUACCAGAAACAACUGGAAUUCUGCAAGACAGAGUGUAGAAAAAAAGUGAAAGAGAAGCAAGAACAUCUACAAGAGGAGCUGGAAGCCCAGACGAAAACCAUAGAGAAAGAACGGUCAGCUGUGAAGGCACAGUUUGAGAAAGAAUUGAAAGCCAAUCAGGAAAACUACCUGAAACAACUGGAAGCCCACAAGACAGAGCGGAGAAAAGAAAUGAAAGAGAAGCAAGAAUGUCUACAGGAGGAACUGGAAGCUCAGAAGAAGAUUUUAGAGAAAGGACUGGUGGCUGUAAAGGCACAGUUGGACAAAGAACUGAAAGCUGAGCAGGAAAAGAAUCAGAAACAGCUGGAAACUCACAAGACCGAGUGGAGAAAAGAAAUGAAAGAGAUGCAAGAACGUCUACAGGAGGAGCUGGAAGCUCAGAAGAAUAUGAUGGAGAAAGAACAGGCAGCUGUGAAAGCACAGUUUGACAAAGACCUGAAAGCAAAGCAGAAAAACUACCAGGAACAACUGGAAGCCUACAAGUCUGAGUGCAGGAAAGAAAUGAAACGGAAAGAAGCCAGACACCAAGAAGAACUGAAAGCACAGGAGUCCAGAUUCAAAAAGACAAUUGAAUCUAAGACGGACAAAUCCUGGGUGUACAUUUUUGGUGGCGUUUGUCUUGUUGCUGGGUUCCUGUCAGCAAAGUUUCUGACAAAUUAGGGCCCAGAUGUGACUGAUUGAGGAAACAUCUGCCUAAGA